AUGGAUAAGGAAGAUGGAAGCGCUAACUACAGAGGCAAUGCCACAACCAAUGCCUCGAAAGGACCAACUUUCACAACGGAGAAGAGCAAGAAUAAAAUGGCAGCGAAAACAAACAAAAAGUGGGUUCGCCUCGCCACAGUUCUCGCCUAUGUACUUGCAGUGUCCUUAGCUGCUAUAGUGUUGGCCACUUACUACAGUUUGAUUUGGAAGCCAAAACUAAACAAGAUGCCUUCCUCAACAGUUGCACACACCACCACCAUCCCCGCCCCAGAGAACUUCGGCGUGACGCAGGUUCACGACUCCAAUCUCACCAUGUCUGUAGGUACCCCAGCCGCGGUUAGCUCGGGUCCAUAG